GCGGGAGCUGGCCGCGGGGCGGGGCGGGCGCAGGCGCGGUGCUGUUAUUGUUCCGCGGUGCCGUCGCCUGGCCCGGGCUGCCGCGGCCGCCAUCGCUAUCGCCAUGCCGAUUAACAAGCCUGAGAAGCCGGACAGGCCGGAGAGCUGUGACAAUGUCAAGGUGGUUGUUCGCUGCCGGCCUCUCAAUGACCGGGAGAAGGCUACGGGCUACAAAAUGGCAGUGAACGUGGAUGAGAUGAGGGGAACUAUAACUGUCCAUAAAACAGACUCAUCCAAUGAACCUCCUAAGACAUUCACAUUUGACACAGUGUUUGGACCAGAGAGUAAACAGCUGGAUGUCUAUAAUUUAACAGCAAGACCUAUAAUAGAUUCUGUCCUAGAGGGAUACAAUGGUACUAUUUUUGCUUAUGGGCAGACUGGAACAGGCAAAACCUUCACCAUGGAAGGGGUCCGAGCAGUUCCUGAGCUCAGAGGCAUCAUUCCCAAUUCCUUUGCCCAUAUAUUUGGUCACAUUGCCAAGGCAGAGGGGGAUACAAGGUUUUUAGUUCGCGUCUCUUACCUGGAAAUUUACAAUGAGGAAGUGCGGGACCUGCUGGGAAAGGACCAGACACAGAGGUUAGAGGUGAAAGAGAGACCUGAUGUGGGAGUUUAUAUCAAAGACCUUUCAGCUUAUGUUGUAAACAAUGCAGAUGAUAUGGACAGAAUCAUGACUCUGGGCCACAAGAACCGUUCUGUUGGUGCCACAAAUAUGAACGAGCACAGCUCUCGCUCACACGCCAUCUUCACUAUCACCAUUGAGUGCAGUGAGAAGGGUGUGGAUGGCAACAUGCACGUGCGCAUGGGCAAGCUGCACCUCGUUGAUCUUGCUGGUUCUGAAAGACAGACAAAAACUGGAGCCACAGGGCAGAGACUGAAAGAAGCCACUAAGAUCAACCUCUCUCUCUCCACACUGGGCAAUGUUAUUUCUGCACUGGUGGAUGGCAAGAGCACCCACGUGCCCUACCGUAACUCCAAACUCACACGGCUGCUGCAGGACUCCCUGGGGGGCAACUCCAAAACCAUGAUGUGCGCAAACAUCGGACCAGCAGACUACAACUAUGAUGAGACCAUCAGCACUCUCAGGUAUGCAAACAGAGCCAAGAACAUAAAGAACAAGGCCAGGAUUAAUGAGGAUCCCAAGGAUGCUAUGCUCCGCCAGUUCCAAAAAGAAAUUGAAGAGCUUAAGAAAAAACUGGAAGAAGGGGAAGAGAUCUCCGGUUCUGAAACCAGCGAUUCUGAAGAGGAGGAUGAAGAUGGGGAGAUUGGAGAGGAGAAGCGGAAGAAACGGCGGGGCAGUAGCAGCAGCAGUAGUUCAGACUCCACAUGCUCUGUCAUAGAGAAACCUCUGGAUAAGUCCUUCACUAAUCAAGCAGGCAAAAAGAAAGUUUCCCCUGAUAAGAUGGUAGAGAUGCAAGCAAAGAUUGAGGAGGAGAGAAAAGCUCUUGAAACUAAGCUUGAUAUGGAAGAAGAAGAAAGAAAUAAAGCCAGAGCUGAACUGGAGAAGAGAGAAAAAGACUUGCUCAAAGCUCAGCAAGAGCACCAGUCCCUGUUGGAGAAACUAUCUGCAUUAGAGAAAAAGGUGAUUGUGGGAGGAGUGGACUUGCUGGCAAAAGCAGAGGAGCAAGAGAAGCUUUUAGAAGAAUCAAACAUGGAGCUGGAGGAACGAAGGAAGAGAGCAGAGCAGCUUCGCAAGGAGCUCGAGGAGAAGGAGCAAGAACGCUUGGACAUUGAGGAGAAAUACACCAACCUCCAGGAGGAGGCCCAGGGGAAAACCAAAAAACUGAAGAAAGUUUGGACCAUGCUUAUGGCUGCAAAGUCAGAGAUGGCAGAUCUACAGCAAGAGCAUCAGAGAGAGAUUGAAGGGCUGCUGGAAAACAUUCGGCAGCUGAGCAGAGAGCUUCGGCUUCAGAUUCUCAUCAUAGACAACUUCAUUCCUCAGGACUACCAGGAAAUGAUUGAGAACUAUGUUCACUGGAACGAAGACAUAGGAGAGUGGCAGCUGAAAUGUGUUGCAUAUACAGGAAACAAUAUGAGGAAACAGACGCCUGUCCUGGAUAAAAAAGAGAAAGAUCCCUUUGAAGUGGACCUUUCCCAUGUUUACUUAGCCUACACUGAAGAAAGCUUGAGGCAAUCUCUGAUGAAGCUGGAGAGGCCAAGGACUUCAAAAGGAAGAUCCAGGCCCAAGACAGGGAGAAGAAAACGUUCGGCCAAGCCAGGAGCUGUCAUUGAUUCCCUGCUGCAGUAGUGUCACCUGGUCAGAAUUCCUGUAAAAAUCAGUGAGUGUAUAAGGUUUGGCCAGAAUAUGGAAUUCAAGAGAUGGCACAGUUUGACAUGGCUAUAAUUUUUUUAUUUAAAAAAAUGUAUUUUUCCUUAGUUGCCUGUAUAUUGUAUGUUAUAUUAACAUAAUAUUAAAUUGGUAUGAUAUGUAUGAUUGAUGGUUGUGAAAUUCCAUGUCUUAAAUGUGUUGUGCAGGGGAACUUGUUGGCAAUCCUUGUUGAAAUGUAUAGAAAAUACGGUUCUAGAUGUGUGUUUAAGUGCUAGAUGUGUUAGUUCAAAACAGUUAAUGAAAUCUUGAAAAUAAGGCUGGUAAAUCUGACUUAUGCCCUGCUUUGCACAUAACUGUCAGCUUUCACUGUUGUCCUCUGUUGCACUGAUCUGUGUUUGAAUGUAGUUGCUGCAAACCUUAAAGAGCAUCAAAUCUUUUUAUUUAAUAUUCCUCACUGUGGCUGUUAACACACUGUGUUAUGUGUUGAAUUUUUCCCUUUUUGCUGUCUUGCUGUACAGAGAAAGUAGCUGGGUAGGAAAAACAUGAACCACAAAAGUCUUGAGAUUUCUGAAAAGGGACCAUGGGUGUCUAAGAGUUCUUUUAUUUUUAUCAGUUUGUUUGUGGUCUGCUGGCACUGUGGAGAAUGAGACCUCGGAUAUUAAGGCAGAAGAGAGCUUUUUUCCUUCUUUUAAGGCUGUGUUACUUUGACAGCUUUUUAUGCUUCAGGGCUGGUAUUUUUGUGUGAGUAGUUUUGUAAUCUGAACAGCUGAGAUGAUUUAAGGAGGAUGCUGUAACACCAGGACUUGGUGUCAGCCAUAGGGUUGUGGCUCUAUUUCCUCAUCCCUGGCUACAAGGCACUGAGCCACUGCCCUACAGUGAGGAUAUAUUUGACUCUCCUUUAGUAAAACAGAAGGAAUUGCCCAAUUUUCCCAGAACUAUCCCCUGAACUCACUGGUGCUGUGUUCCUGUGUAUACUGUGUGCAUCUCUGGCUAUGCUCUGAGAGGAGAAAAUUUUGGUCUCUGAUAAUAACCGUUUAUUUGUGAUGGCUGCUCUUUUUAUUUUAUAUUUAUGCUGCUAAUAGACACAUAUCACUUUAUUAUGUUGCUUUUGUGUCACAGAGAAAAUGCCUCUCCUUCAGACUGCGUGUGUUUUAUAACUCCUCACAUCAGCUGUGGGUGUCUCAGCAGCUCCUGUGCAGGGUGGAGGGAUGAGCUGUGACCUCAUCUUAGUGUUUCCUGGAGGAUUAAAAGCUGUGUUUGCUCACAGGGGAAGUGGAGUCCUUCAGUGUGACAGAAAACAAGGCAGCUCCUCAGGUGUCUUGAGUCCUUGCUAGUGGCCACAUCUGCUUCUACCAGAAUGUUCCUGUGAAGCACUUAAAGACAUUAAAUUCCCUUUCUUUCUGUCAUGAUGGUUAUCUGGAGGUACCUUGGGGUGUGUGACAGGAUCUGUAAUAGUUAAAACAGGUCUUGUAAGGACAUAUUUUGCUCUGAAGGAUAUAUUCAGUGCUAUUCUAAACAAGUUGUAAGCUUUUUCCUGGUGUUUUUAAUGUUUUUUUUUUCAGGAUCAUGAUCUGGAAGAACAUGCUGCCCUCUCUAUUUGGGGGGAGUGUUACCUGAAUUCAUACAACAUACAGAUACAAACACUAGCAUUUGUUUUUUCUAGCCUAGCAUUUAUGGGUAAAUACUCAAACUUUCUUGAUUGAAGCUGUAGUUGGUUUUGCUUGUGAAGAGCUGACCUUAUCUUAAAUGUGCUUGAAUAGAGUUGGAUUAUCUCUUGUAACAUACAUACUUCUCAUCAAAAUACCCAGACUGAAGAUGGCUUAAAUGCUGCUUAAAGUCUUCCAGUUCCUGUCUGAGUCCAACCAGAUAGAUGCAUAUCUGUGGCUGUACUACUUCUCAGAACCAGGGAUAACUUCUGUUUCCUUUUUUGUGGUGUAUCUUGUGCUAACAUUUAUUGAAUGAUCUGGUUUUGCAGGAGUUAAACCAGAACUGUGCUUUCAGAAAGACCAUUGAAAAUCCUUUUACCUGACAGGUAUCAGUCACUCCAGGACACUGCUGUGAACCAUGGUACUCCAUUUAAAAUAUUGAAAUAUUUAAAAUAUUUCAGAUGUAAAGGCAUGUGAUUUACAAUUAACCUAACAGUCCUGCUGCUGAAAAGCUUAGUACUCUGCAUGUUUAAGUGAGCCUUGGAGCAGGGGUAAACAAUAAGUAAUUACUUGCACAUCUUUAAUUGGCAGAUUGGAGAAACUGGUUAUCUCAUGUUGCAGAGGCUUGGAGGACAAAUUAUUUGCUCUGUAAGAGGAUUUUCAAUCAAGUGGAACAGGUCAUAUGCCCUGUCAGUUGGGCUCGCCUGUUAAGUGGUGUAUUUUGUUGAAGUUCUGGGAAGUUUCUUGUAAAACCAGGGAGUUUGGCUUGUGGAUUUACCACAUGGCCCUUCUCUGUGGCCCUGCCAAUCUGUGAAUGUCUCAUGGGCCCAUAAUGUGUUUUAAUAAGGAAAGGAUUUGAUUUAUAUGGACUUCCAAGAGCUUAAUACAGCCUUUCUUGUUGUGGGUCAGUAUGUGCUCUAUGGUAUUUAUCAAAACUCAUCUUACAUAACAUACACUGUGCAUGCUCAUCUUUGCAUUUGCUAUCAGAAGUCUCCUCAUUCCAGAACAUUGACCAUAACAAUGAGAUUUUUGCUUAAUGUUGUGUAAAUGAAUUAUUUAAUAUUUAACUUGUUCCUAAUCCUUUAAGAGGAGGGGAAAUGGUCUUUAGUGCCUUUUACUGACUACACUGUCUGCACAUGUCCAGCUUUCACCUUUCUCCACAGUUCUGCUUAGCCAGGCCUGCAUAGAGGGAAAAACUGCUAGUCUGUAUAAUUUGUCUUUGUUUUUUUUUUAAACUCUGUUUGUUUCUGACUAUUUCUUGUUUUAUUAAAGUUAAUUCAUUAUACUGUAUAUAUCAAUAUUGUGUCUCUGGAGCAUGUUCAUACCAUGAAAUAAAAUUCUUGAUUCCUAAUUCCA